AUGUCUUGCAGGUUGAGCCUGGCCGGAAACUUACUCAAGACACCGAGCGGGCCGCAACAGGGCAUCGCUGCCAUGCGGUAUAUCCCUGCUAGCUAUUUAAAUUCAUCCACAACACUCAGCACAUCAUCGCAUCGGCUGAAGCUCCUCCUCCUCUACAUCUCCGAAACCUCAACCCCAGAACCAUCCGCCCCCAGAACCAUGCCCGUCUUCGACGUCUUCGACGUCCUCGCCGGCCAGCUGCACCGCGCCGACCACAAGCCCUCCGCCGAGUUUCGCCGAGAGGCCCGCGAGCGCGUCUCGCACUACAACACAAUCCAGUUCGAGAGCGUCAAGAUCAAGCACGUCGUGGAACGCGGACGGAGAGCACCUGGACCAGGCACUGUUGGACUUCUAUCAGAUGGCAACAAUAAGAUCGUGUAUCGUCAGAGUAUAGGCACAUUAAGCUCACCAGCGGCGUCCCUGGUAAGCCCACCAGCUGCAUCUCACGAGAUCACACCUCCACUGGCGUCGUUCAACACCCGUGCCUUUUCUAUUCGUUCCGGGCUGCCCGAUCAUGCGGCUGCGUUCGUACCCAAGGUAUACCGCGACAAGUCAGUGGUGUCGCAGUAUCCGCACGCCGCGGCUCUCAUGAGGAUCGUCGAAUCGCUAGAAGGCCAUUUACAGACCACCCAAGCGCCAAUCGACCGGGCAAUGUGCUUGAACUAA